AUGAAGAAGCGCGCUUCUAGCUCCCAAGAAAUAGUUCUGAAUGACGAGGAUCUGUUAACAUUGAUACUGUUACGCGUCCCUUUCAAACAACUCCUGCUCCUGAAAUCUGUUUCAAAGAGAUGGCUCUCUCUCGUCACCAAUCCCCACUUCAUUCGCCUCCUCCGUCGUUCCCUCCCUCCUCUCCGUGCCUCUUCUCGUCUCAUUCAACGCAUCUUUCGCUACCCGUUUCCUGAUCAAGUCUUUUGUAUCCCUCUAGACAAUCCAAACGCCGCUUCCCCACUCAGAAACUCCACUUUUUUUGCGACUUACAAUCUUCAGCAAAUUUAUCUCGUGCAAUCCUGCAAUGGCCUUGCAAUGUGCACUAAUUCCUGCUUCAUAAGUUUCGAAGAUUUUAAGUGUUAUGUGUAUAACCCCUCCACUGAUCAUCUAGAUACCCUUCCUAAUCAGCCUCUGCUCUAUGGGCGUGGGGUUCUUUAUGUUGGCUUAACUUAUGAUCCUUCAAAGUCACCUCACUACAAAGUAAUUGCUUUUGUCUAUACACAAGAUCAAUCCGGUAACUUUCAUAUUUACUCCUCCGAAACUGGGAAUUGGAAGGCCUCCGUUCAGUCCUUUCAUCAGCCUGUAGGAUUCUCCUUCCUGAAAGACAUUCCAAAUUCUUCUGUUUAUUGGAAUGGAUGUCUGCACUGGUUAUGUUUUUUGUCCGGAUUUCACGAAGAUAUUCCAGAUUGUUCUGUUUCUGAUUGUUUCUACUUGAAUGUGGAUGAAGAAAGGUUGGGAACAUUUCCCAGACCUCCUAUUGGUGCGAGGGAGACUUCAAUGAGGAGUUAUUAUUUUGGGGAAUCUGAAGGCCAUCUGCAUGUCACUGAAGUUUGUCCAUAUGCUAUUUCACUCAACAUAUAUGAGAUGAAGAGUGAUUACUCUGGCUGGUUUGUCAAGUACUGGGUCGAUCUUGCUCCAAUCGCCAAGGUUUUCUCAGAGAUGAAUAAACAUAUGUCUAUUUUCCAUGAUAAGUUUGAUUAUGCGGUUUCCGUGCUCUCACUCUUCAGAAGAGAAAAUUUCCGGGAGGAUUCCUUCUUGGUAUUGGAAAUACCUGGUAAGGUUAUACGCUACAAUCUCGUGGUAGUAGCGUUAAACUGUUAUGGGACUUUGCUGUAA